AUGUCUGUAGAUAUACACUUGAAGACUAACUUUCAUAGCAAGCAGAACAGAAGUAAUUGUAAUUAUCCGUCUACUAGUCAAGAAUAUUUUCUACGCAACACCAGUAGCCACUUACCUUCCAAUGUCAGUGGAGCCAUACUAUGGUCUUUUCUUUACGCUGGACUUACCAAUCAACGCAUGCGAAUGAGAAAUGGUAUACUUUUGGCUGCAAAACUCCAUCGACCAAUAAUUAUUUCUCCUUGGAUUCACUCUCGACAAACAUUUUCUAGCAAUAACCAUCUUCCAUGGCUAUUGAUACCGUUUACGAAAGUUUUUGAUGUCGAGCUCUUAAUCUCCUGUUUAGCGAACUAUAGCAUUGUAGCGUUAUAUCCAUGCCGUCCAGAUAAUUGUGUUUCAGGGUUUUCACCACCACAGCUUACACAAAACGCCAUUGAACAUGGUGAAAAUAUAAAAUUACCUUUCGUUGUAGCAAACUUUGAUCCGUGGUUUAUCAAUCAAUCAUCUACUCAGGACAAUCUUUCAAGUAAGAUCGACAACUGUUUUACUUGGUCCUGUGACGUGCAUAGAGAAGGUCAACGUUUGCUGCAAAUCAUCAAAAAUAUAUCUAAAGAAAGAGACUUCUCCAAUAUAUUUGGAUUACACCUUCGUAUUGAAAAUGACUUCCAGAUACAUAUAGCAAAGCAACGACAACUAAAUUAUGAACAAGAUCCAACAGUACUAAAUUCAAUAACAAAUUUAAUUCUAACUAAUACACUGAACUGCUUCAACAAAGUUAUAACACAUACAGACUCAUCGCAAUUUUGGGUUUAUAUCGCAACGGGCGAAACAAAAAAUAGCACCAAAAUGGUUGAAAUAAGACAAUUUUUCCCAAAUAUGAUUACAAAAGAAGACCUUUCACUGAAUGAUUUUCGUCUUGGAAUGGAUUUCAUGGCAGCGAUAGAUUCUGUUAUAUUGGAAGAACUGGCGUUCUUUAUUGGGUUCAGGUUGUCCACGUUUUCAGCACAGGUUGCACGAAAUAGACGAACAAAAGGAUUGAAAUCAGCUUUGUAUACUUUAGAUUUACCAACAAGAUGUCUCAAGCUGUGA